CGUGAUCUGUUGAAUUCAGAUAAUUGAUGAGAUCACUGCGGUCGUGCCAGAGGAGCAUGGGGCACCAAGCACGCCAUGAUAUGAAUCCGUGCCCUAUCCGAUGUAAAUUCCGAUCUAGCCAGCAUGACGAGAGGGUACCUAAACUUCGCCCCAUAUCCGCAAGUGGGCUAAGCUGUGCUAUACUCACUUCCUUCCUAACAGACAGGGUACCUACAGGGUGCUCUCCAACGGCGACUACGCUACAGUCGGUCUUAUAAAUAAGCACAGGGGGGGAGUGAUCUCUUUCACGAAGCAGGAAUGCAUCCCAGUCCGGACAAAUUGUCUGUGUAUCCCGGUUACUCGACCGUCCCCUGUUCGAUGCUUCUCAGGAUGCUCCCAUUAAGUAAAUCCUACACGCUUGAUGGUGCCGUGGCCGACACUUGCCCACCACCGGUUCAACCCAAGCUAGUUCCCAACGUAGCGGACCCCACUUGUCCGGGCCACGGCGAAGGAGAGAACACUCGAUCACCGCAAUAUCAGCCAUCAGCCCCGCUCCUUUUUUGGCCCCCUGACACGCCGGAAGGACUCGUCGGCGAGUACUAUUCGUUCGGCAACACCGUCCAAUAUACUCCAAAACCAAAUCAAGUGGAACAACAGAUGGACUACAACUUCUACUCAGAAUAUGAUACUCCAGCUCUUAGUCUCACUGAAGCACACAGCUUCCAGCAACUCUAUCCUCACAAUGCUAUACAAUCAGCUGAAAACAGGCAGCCAGCAAGCAUAUUCAGCCUCCCAGAGUUUGCAAGCAAUGGUCGCUAUGUGCACAGUGGCAGUGGGACACUCACUGGUUCACACAGGCCUCAGCAGUCCAUGGACAGUGAUGGUCAUACCUACCUGUCCUCCUUAGGCAUGUUCUGGGAGGGUGAACACUACAUGGACCAUCAACAACACCAUCGAAGUCAUGGAAAUGGCACAGACUGGUUCAAUAGAAGCAUUUCCAGUCAAAAUGACCAGCUCCAUCCACACAGUGUGCACCAAGGGCAGGUUCUCAACCUGGAGACCCAAUGCUAUGAGAAUGAACAAUGGCAGACUUCUGCCUCUGGUCAUGGACAACAGAAUGACCACCUUACGGUACAGGAUUGCACCUAUCCAAACACCAUGAGCAAUGACCCCGCUACAUCACCAUCACCAUGCAUAGCCCCCCUGAAACAGAAGCGCACAUGCAAUGAGAGCAUGAGCCUUCCUGAGGGUGGGGAGGGUGUUAAGAGGAUGCGAAAGGAAAACCAGCCACUCGCACAAGAGAAUGGUGCCAGUACCAACAAAAAGCUGGUAAAACCAAUGAAGCAACAGCACAAGGCAAAGCAGAAGGCCAAUGGUGACAAAGCAAUGGAGCAGUUUGAGUGGAUGCAGGAAAAGGAUCGUAACUGGACUGAUGUUGAUACGACACUCCUUUUGGAAGCACUUCUAGGCAGUGAGAGCACCUACUUCAAUACUCUCAUUGUAAAUGCCAAGCGUGCUUAUAAGAAGGUUGCUUCAGAGGUUUUUGGUGACCAGCAGCGCACUGCAGAAUCUGUCAGAGGGCAUUACGAACGCCUGAGGAAAAUUUUCUCAUACAUUCUCAAUUACGAGUCAAUCACAGGAAAUGGAGGAGGAGAUCCAGAUGUGGAGAUACUUGAUGAACAGAUUGAAAAUGCACGACGUGCAGGGAAGGAUGUUGGAAAUCUGUCAGGCACCAUAUUAAAGAAGUUCUAUGGGCUGGGAUGGUACGAGCUAUUUAAUGACAGGCUUGGGGAACAUCCAGGCCUCACACGAGAAGAGGUAUUCCGGUCUGGAUCACUGUCAGAUGCUGUUGAGAUCAACAGCAAUGACGAAGAUGACAGUGAUUUUGAAGUGAAGAUACAGGCCAAUCCAUCGGCAUCAUGCAAAUUUGAAAAACCUACAUCACGAAAGCCCACUUCCACCACGACACCUCCAGCAAGCAAAGGUAAAGUGGCAGUGCAGAAGGGCAUCACAGCACCACGACACCGACGCCAAACUUCUCACGGUGGGUUCAGCACAGAAGCUGCAGAGUUUUUUUCAUCAAAUGUCAAGUACUUGAGGUCUACGAUGGAGUCAGAGAAGGAAUGCUUGAUAUUGCUACAACAGAAGGAGGCCCGGGAGGAGAAGCAGCAUGAUCUUUUGAUGGCAAAGGGAAUUGCGGAGGUUAGGCAGGCAGAAACAGAUGCAAAAGUGAGGCACGCACGAGAGGUUAUGUUGAUGGAAGGAAUGCCAGAGGAGGUCAAGGCCCGUGCACGUGAAGUGCUACUGAACUACUUCUCUAUCAAUCACUUCCCUGGGCCACUCAUCUGUCUCCCAAGCAGGAAGUGCUGUUCCAGCAGCUUGAAUGUCAUCAGCCUCUCCAUAGCCACACAAAUCCACAUCAUCAAUAUCACCAUUGUCGACCUCAGUAUUACUGUUUUCAAAGAAAGGAAUGAGUUGUGGAUGAUCACCCAAGUCUAUGCACAAGUUGUGCAGAGCAACCAGCGCCUCCACUGCUCGAUAGGUAUCGCCUAUGUCCUGCUCUGGCGGCAUGUCCUUCAGGCUUGGAAACCGGCCCUUCAGAAGGCCAAGGGAAUGCUCAACUGUGAUGCGCUGUGA